UGUUAUCAGAUGGGCGCAAAAGUUUUGGAACUUCAAAACAAAAAGGAGGAGAAAUGGUUUGAUAACCAGAUACGAUUACUAGGUCAUUCGCCCCAGGUAUGGCUUGGUGCAAGUGAUACUCAACAGGAAGGAAAGUUUAUAUCUGUUUCAAAGGCAGAGGGACUUCCUUAUAGCCACUGGUUAAAGGGACAACCUGAUAACUACGUUGGAGGAGAGAAUUGUGCUACCUACUGGGUUACCUAUAGAGGGACGAAUGAUGCACAAUGUGACGACAAAUAUACUUAUGUAUGCAAAACAUGAAAAUAAAAUGACUCAAUCAUUUUAUGUGAA